AUGCCUGUCUACCGCAGCAUCAGCCUCAAACUACAUUCCCAGUUUGAUAUCGAAACCUUCCCCGAAUACAUCCCCCGCCCGCGCUCUUUCUACGCAUCCCGCAACAUCCCCGUUCCCGUCUCCGCGUCCACCCCGCCCUUCGACGACGCCGCCACCUCUACCUGCAGCGUCUACAUCCGCGCUUUCCCCGCUUCCCAGUUCUGGCUCUCGUACGAGGUAUUCCCACCUGUCCCCGCGGACCAACACUUCCUGUUCAAGCUGUUCGCCAAUGGCAAGCAUGUGGUGAGCUGGAGUACCGGGAGAGAGGAGGGGUGGAAAGGGAAGACGAUGUUUGCGCUAUUUGAGGUGGAGGAUGAGAGCGGAAGGAAUAGGGUCGAGAAGAGGAUUUUGUGUUUUCCGAAGGGGGGUGGGGAUGAAGGUGGGGUGAAGGAAUGCUUUGAUGAGGGGAGGUGUUUGGAGGUGAGAGUGCAUCGGGCGCUGGGGAGGAAGAGGGUGGAGAGGGAGUUGGAGCUGUAUCGGGAGACGGAGCAUGGGAGGGAUGAGAAAGGGAUCAGUCUUGUUAACGCUGGAAUUGCGGGCUCGGGCCAUCCGAAGCGGUUCUACAAGUUCGCUUUAGUGGAUCCAGUGGACAAGCCGUAUGCGACGUUUCGUUACUACUACCGCACACGGGAGCAGAUCCUCGGGAUGGGCCUAUCAGAAGACGAUGUUAUUAAAGACAGUGAGUCAGACGAACUGUCAGUAAUCGAGCCGUGCAGUACAAAUAACAAACAGAGCGGCGAAGCAGGAGAUGAGAACGGUAUGGACAUCUAUGCGAGGCACGACGGAGCAGGUGACCCUCCCAGAAGCCCACACAAGACGUACAUUUCAACAGAGAGUCCAAGAAUCCGCGGCGGUGGAUCCAGCAAAGACCACGAUGAGCGUGACGCAGCACCUUCCCGUGUCGGCCGCGGUCGGACGCCCUCAGACUACCGUCUAUCAGUCCCACCUGCCUACAUCUUCAAUCCACCUCAGCCAUCGCAACGAGCAUUGCAAACGCUGCCGCAGAAGCGCGAUCCAGCUGCAGAUACUAGCUACCAGCCUCAUCCCGUCUACCCGAUCGACGAGUGGGAGAGGAAGACACCUAGUCCAGUGCAGUCACUCAGGAAGACCAUUUCCACGCCCACGUUCAGCCGCAGUACUAAGAGUCUACUGACGCCUACUGGGUGGUUCAAUGCGGUGGCGGGCGCGUGGCGGCGUCGAGCGACACCGUCGAGCGAUGAUGGUAGUAGAACUGCAUCGAGAAACGAUUCACGAGGCGUUCGUUAGGAGCUGAUGCGGAAGGUAUCUGUGAGGGAGGCCCUGGUGUGUUUAUUCCGAUCGUGGACUGAUGAAGAUGGUGUUUAUGGACGAAAUGCCAGGGUUGGAGGUUGUCUGCAAGGCACGCAGCGCUGGUUGGUCGGCCGUCCCACCCCGCACCAGACGUCUGGGGCUCCACAGUAGCUCCCCAUGUCGUCUCAUAGCUCUAGCUACGCGCGUCACGCCGUAACAAC